AUGGCGGCCUGCUUCUCUGCCCUGACGGCGCCCGUCGGCCUGCUGUUGCUGCUGGUCCACGCCGUCGCUGCUCAGCAGUACGGCGCCGCUGAGCAGCAACCUCUCAGCAACUUGGAGUACGCCGAGGCCUGUCCCGACUACACCCAGUACUCGAGCUAUCCCCAAGCUGACGCCGCGCCGCUCGACAGCCGCCCUUUGAGCGAUGGCCCCCUCGCCCUCCCCUUCCAGCGGCCCAACCCCCGAUGCCGGACCUUCCACUCGGAUGCCAUCGAGAAGGUCAUUGAAGACGUGACCUCGCGCAUGAAGGACCCGGACCUUGCGCGCCUCUUUGAGAACGCCUUUCCCUCUACCACGGACACGACUGUCAAGUUCCACACCGCUGGGUCCUCCCCGCCCGACAAGAAGGGCAGCAAGAGCCAGCAGCACGACGGCGGCAAGUGGGAAGGCCCCCACUCGUUCAUCAUCACCGGAGAUAUCAUUGCCGAGUGGCUUCGGGACUCGACGAACCAGCUCUCCCCCUACCAACCCCUCGCCAAGAAGGACCCGGCCGUCUUCAACCUCAUCCUCGGCGCCGUCAACACCCAGGCCGAGUACGUCAUCGAGUCGCCCUACUGCAAUGCCUUCCAGCCGCCCCCCAUCAGCGGCCUGCCCGUCAGCAACAACGGCCAGAGCGACGUCGUCCACCCGGCCUACGAGCCCUCCUCGGUGUUCGAGUGCAAGUACGAGCUCGACUCGCUUGCCCACUUCCUCGCCCUCGGCAACGACUUCUGGGAGCACACGGGCUCCACCAAGCACCUGAACACGCGCUGGUACAUUGCCUUGCACACCCUGCUGAACGUCCUGGACCAGCAGUCCCAGCCGACGUUUGAUCCCGACACCGGCAGGUCUGCAUUCAGACCCAGCGACGACGCCACCAUCCUCGGCUACUUCAUCCCCGCCAACGCCAUGAUGGCCGUCGAGCUCAGGCGAACUGCCGCCAUGCUGAAGGCGGCCGAUAAGGACGACCUGGCGCAGACCGUGAGCAAAUGGAGCAAGACCAUCACCAGGGGCGUCUGGGAGCAUGGCGUCGUUCACCACAAGAAGUUCGGCGACGUCUUUGCCUACGAGGUUGACGGCUACGGGUCGUCCAUUCUGAUGGACGAUGCCAACUACCCGUCCCUUCUCGCCCUCCCCAUCAUGGGUUUCGUUGGCCCCGACGACAGGACGUACCAAAACACCCGGAAGAUGCUACUGUCAAAGGAAUCGAACCCUUACUACUUGACUGGAAGGGAGUUCCAUGGAAUUGGAGGCCCGCAUAUCGGCCUGGACAACGCCUGGCCUAUGAGUCUACUCGUUCAGGCGCAGACGACAGACAACGACACCGAGAUAGCCGAGUGCAUUGACCUGGUCCUGAAAUCCGCCAAGCUCGGGCUGGUCCACGAGAGCGUCGAUGUCAACAGUGUGAGUGCAUACACGAGAAGCUGGUUUGCUUGGGCAAACGGUGUCUUUGCCGAGACUAUCCUGGACAUGGCGAGAAGGAAACCACAUCUCAUUUUCACGGACGAUACCCCGUACGAGAUAUGA